AUGUCCGCGCCGUGCGAGUGGUUCGGCGCCGACGAAUUGUACACUGUCACGUACGCCGACGCCUCGCCCGAACGUCCGCGCCGUGCGAGUGUAAGGUUUGGCACCAACGAAUUGUACGCUGUCACAUACGCCGACGCCUCGCCCGAACGUCCGCGCCGUGCGAGUGUAAGGCAUCGUGCGAGAGCAGGGUUCGGCGCCGACGAAUUGUACACUGUCACGUACGCCGACGCCUCGCCCGAACGUCUGCACCAUCACGUACGCCGACACCUCGCCCUUGAGCAUCGGCGUGAUCAGCGGCAAGCUGCUCGAGGGGGCGAAUUGCACCUUCGCAAGAAAGAGGCGGAUUGUCUGAAUUUUUCUGUACCCCUGAGAGUGAUCGAGACUGAGUUUCGGCUGAAGUUGCAGAGAUCCACUGCCCUCACCUUUCCGCCCCCCUUGCUGCUCAUGCCGUUCUGUAAUGGACGGACCCCUAGUGGGGAACCGUGCCCUUGCCAGCAUUUUAUUCUUCAGAAACCCAAGAAGAGGAGCAAUGGCAAGGUCUCCAAGAAGAAGAGGUGCGACUGUACUCAUAAGGAGAGCUACCAUGCCCUGGAGCGACCUGGGAUGGCUUCUCCCACUCCGACUUCUGGCAACAACACUAUCGCUGGCAUUAUGAAGAAGUACUCAGGUGGUCUCGAACGUCUCCUUCUCCCUGAGCAGGUCUCCGAGGACGAGGCCCGUCGUGAGGCCAACACCGGGUUCCACCGGGUCCCGAAAGAAGAUGGCGGGGCUGGACAAAGGCCUGCUCAAAAAGGAAAAGGAAAGGCCUACGGUCGCGGAGGAGAAACAAGAUACAAGCCGACGAAGGCCACAAAAGUCAUGUCAAGGCCUAUGUCGAUUGGGCGUGUUGUUCUGCUGCCGUGCGGUAUUAAGGCUGAUGGGGAAAUCGAAAAUGACGUUGCACCUUCAAGGGGUCAAUAUGAGUCUACAUUUCAGAAGCAAGGCCUGGCUGCCGAUCGCGAUGGGCAAUCUGUUCUCAGCUUUGCCAAGGAGUGGAGCUCCCAGGCCAUUGAUGAAUGGCUCCGUCGUUUGCUUCCUCAGCCCUUCCGGUACCUUGAUGCUCGGCACGGCAUACCUCAGGAGGGCGAAUUCCACUGGAAGCUUUGUGUCAAGAGCUCACGUAGGAUUGUUGUCGUUGAGAGGAGUGGCGAGUACACUGGUCGGGACUUAGUCAAGGUUCGGGGCGGCCCGGGCAAGAACACUGAUGACUAUAUUAUCCACUUUGUGUCUAUUCAUCACAUCCCACAGUCGGUCUUGAGAGACUGGGACGCUGGUGUCGCUCUGGCUGAACAGGGCCUCCCCGAGGUUGCCACUGAUGAAGAGCUCGAUGUCUCUGACAAUGAGGACCUAUCAGGCCUCCCUUCCUCUCGUCCUCGACCUAAGCCCCGGCCUGCGUACAAAGGAGCCAAGUGGCAGUCUGGUUUUAUCCUCCGUAAGGGCAAGAUGUACAUGAGUGAGGCUGAUGCCUUGGAAAGUAGUGAGUCGUCCUCAUCGGAUGGAGAGGAGAUGGGUAACAGUGAGGGGGACGAGGACAAAGUGAGGGGUCAGGAGAUUGGUGAAAAAAACUUGAAGGAAGAGGGUACCCGGAAGUCAGAGCGACUUAGUGGCAAGAGGAAGAGGAGCUACGCUGAGGAUAGUGAUAUAGAGUUUGUCGAGGGUCCGAGCACCAAGAAGGCAGAGGUGGAGGCUGAUAAUGACGGCUUUAAGGCGGGGCCUUUUGAUGUCGACGAGACAGAUCCUGGGCAUCUCCCGUACUUCAAUGCACCCCUGUUUUUCACGUCUGAGGAAUUACCUACAGCCUCCGGGAGUGGGUCAACGUCUAUGGCUGGUGCUGGUGUUAUGGACUCGGGGGCAACUACGUCUGGAGGCUCAUUUUGGGGACUGAAGCCCAACUUGCCUUCACCCGGUAAACCUCGUACUAGCCCUUGGCCGACACUCUAA